AUGUCUAGAGCAAGAGAUAUUGGAGCUCUUAGUGGAUCUUUUCCAGCGAAUGCUAUCAUUUCGUGUGGGGAGUCGCCUAAGGACUUACAAGGCAGGGGUCUUUUGGAGCAUUUGGAGCAUAUGGGACGAGAGGAGCAAAGCAGGACUUGGCACAUGGACGCAGCUCAACUGGAUACGCAAAGGAAGAAGGAGGAAGCCAUCUUGAAGACCAGCUCGACCAUCCUACUCGACCGGCCAAGCUUCAACUCGAUCGAGCUGAGAAGUCAACAGUCAAACCCGAAAAAUGUUGCUUCCCCCUUGACUUUCCUUUGA